GCUUGAACCUCUGCUGGUGGAUCUGCUGUAAAGACCGCAGGGAGAUGCUCUUGAACAAGCUGUCCUCCGCCGAGUCCUCCAGCUUCAGCUGCGGGAUGAUGUGCCCCGGGUUCGCAAAAGCCAUUCUGUCGACACCACGGCUCGCCGUGAGGAAGAGGCUGGCGGCUCCCUGCUGAGGGAGGAGGAGGAGGAGGAUGCCGGGUUCGCGGAGCGAGGCGCCGGUCGCGUGCACCUGCUUUCCAAGGGCGGGCGCCAUGCGCGCGCGCGCUCGCGCCCGGCCUCGACAGCCGCGCGCCAGCGCGAAAGUUGUCCGGGCGGCGUCUGGUGGGAAGAAAAAAACACAUACGACCGCCGCAGCCGUAUUCUGUAAAAAGUAAAAGUACUUUAUCCUCGUCUCCAUCGUCUUUAAUAUCAAAGAGGAGGGGGGGGGGCGUUUCAUCGCCUCUCUUAUUAUCCCCUAGUACAACGAAAAAAAUCCCACUGAGGUUGGUCGCUUCUCUCUCCAUGCUUUGGAGGAAUGAAAGGAUAUCUAGAAAAAACGUGUCGGACGAGUGUUCCGAGGCCCCGGCUUCCACGACCACACGUUACUGUGACACAACACACGUCCGGCCGCCGAUACAGCUUCACCUGCCGUUACAGGUGGGACCUCCAGCCUGCGGGAAGCCUGCAACAGCAGCCUACCUGCAGCAUAACCGAGAUGUUGACAAGGACAUCCCAGCUGUGAACCCUCGACCAAAAGGAUCCAGCAGUUUAAUUUUAGCCAGAAACACGCACUGGAUUCAAAGGGGACUUGCAGAUGAGCUUAGAAGGUAAAAAAUUGGUUUCCAGUGACCUGUGGCCUCUACAGUCCGACAUGUGUGCAUUUUUUCCUGGGCGUGCUGAUGGUACGAGCCGAAACGGAGAUGAAGAGUGUGGUGGGGGACAAUGCUACCCUGCCCUGCCACCACCAGCUGUGGCAGAUGGACCCCAGGACGCUGGACAUCGAGUGGCUGCUCCAGAGGACUAACUCCAAGCAGAGGGCGGUGAUCACCUACUCGGGCAGCUCGGUGUACGACGACCUGCACGAGAGCCUGAAGGGGCGCGUGGCGUUCGCGGCGGACUACCUGAAGGGCGACGCCUCCCUGCGCAUCGCCGACCUCCUGCUGGCGGACUCGGGGCUGUACACCUGCAAAGUGAAGAACGGGGGGCACUACAAAUGGAGCAACAUCAACCUCACGGUUCUGGUGAAGCCGUCGAAACCAAGGUGUUGGAAGGAGGGGACUCCGGAGGAAGGCGGCAGUGUGAAGCUGAGCUGUAAAUCCUCCGACGGGUCUGAUCCCAUCAAGUACCGGUGGGAGAGAGUUCUGGGCAACGGCAAGAAUGUGGGCAAACUGCCACAGCAAGCGCUGAUAGAUUUGCAAAACCCUGAAAUUGUCACUUUGAGAAACCUGACACAGGACAACAGCGGCAAGUACAAGUGCACUGCUAGCAAUGAUGUGGGAGAGGAGAACUGCAUCAUUGAGAUCGACAUCCACUAUGUCCGGGAAGUUGGUGUGGUUGCAGGGGCGAUUGUCGGGGUGGCGUUUGGAGUACUCUUAAUCUUACUUGUCAUCUGGCUGGUUUUCCGCAAGAAGGAAAAGAAGAAGUACGAGGAAGAAGAAACUCCAAAUGAAAUAAGGGAGGAUGCUGAGGCUCCUAAAGCCAAGCUGGUGAAGCCCAACUCCCUGUCCUCAUCCCGUUCGGGCAGCUCGCGCUCGGGAGCCUCCUCCACGCAGUCCAUGGUGCACAGCAGCGCCCCCCGGAGCCACAGGCCCCGCCCUGCAGCCUGCCUGAAGGAAAACGGGCAGCUGCCCAGCUUCCCUCAGUCUCCGCCCACCUACACGCAGGUGAUCACCAAGGAGCCCGACACCGACAGCAGCAGGCUCAGCCCCGGGAACCUGGUCAGGAUGGGCGCCACUCCCGUCAUGAUCCCGGCCCAGACCAAGGCCUUUCAGACUGUGUAGGGGAACCUACACACUGCGAACGCCCAGAGAGCGACGAAACGGAAGCCCACUGACGUACCAUUAAUAAAAAAAAGGCACUGUGAGUUAAAGAAAAAAUCACAUGAAAGGAUGUAGCUGAAGGUAUCGCGGUGAGGAAUUGAAGACAGAGCUCAGUGUCUGAAUGAAUGCAUUCAAAAGGGAAAAUAAGGAGUGACUUUGCCCCCUCUUUGCGAAAUACCUUGAUAAUGCCUUUCUCUUUUUCGUUUUUCAUUUUGCUCUCAAAUUUGAAGCCAAGGAUGAGAAAAAAAAGUCCCCAGUGUGUUGGCAGACAGUAGGUUUGUACUGUAUUUGUCUGUUCUUUUGUCAAAGAAUCGCCGCAUUCAGGAGAGAAGAGUGGAGUGGCACUGUAAAAGUUUCCAUUUGAAGAAGAAAAAAAUAAGUGAAAAAGCCAAAGACAUUCCACCUUCCAGGGAAAUAUGUCAAUGAUCAGCCACCGUGCUGUUGUUAACCAGGUUUCUCUGGGGGACUGUGGAGAAACUGCAUUGCUUCAUCAUUUGCUUCUGUCUCGUAACGACCUACGGCCAUGCAUACUGUAAGCCUGUAGGAAACACAAGCGAGCUUUCAUCGCCUCAUAUACUCAUCUUCAGGCACCGGGACACAUCACGUGCAUUCCAGAUUCCAGGUGCUGGCAGCAAAGGAAUUAAACAGGCCAUCGUCCAUCCGCCCAUUGUCGAAAAGCCUCUUAUGCAUGGUUGAGGGCCGCGGCAAGUUAGACCUUCCCAGGUGGCAUUGGUUUCCCCUUGCAGGUUAGUGCUGUAUCACGCCUCCGUCACAAACCAAGACUCUCCAAUCGCGGGCGCGUGGAUAAUGGGAAAUCGCCCAGAGCUCUGCCCUUGACGUGGGCGCCUUCCCUUGGUUGGUAUCAGAAUCAGCAGGCAGCCAAGGAAGUAUGUGGAGGCUGAUCAGGGCAGAUCAAAAACCAAAGCCACAGCUGAUUAAUGGAUUAGUAGAGGCAGCUUUAAACAUCCCUUCCGGUCCUGUCGUGUUUUGUUUAAUAAUCGACAUGGGUGUCAAUAAUGAGUGUCAGUCCCUCAUCUGCUAGACUGGUGAUGCAGGGAGAGAGAGGAGUGACGUGGAAGGGGUCGACUUUACGUUUCAUUUUGUAGGUUUGGGGGGGGAAACGAGGUUCCACCCUGAACGUCCUGCAUUUCAUGAUUCAUCUUAGAGAAAAUUCCUAGAAACGGUUCUGUGGCUGUCCCCGCUUUCCCAGUGAAAGAGCUGCUGUAUAUCCUAAGAGGCCCUGUUAAUACGGCUUUUUUUCUGUAAGAUAAAAAAGCAGAAAGUAGAAAACCUUACAAAGAAAAGUUGUUCGUCAGUUCAUCUGCAGCAACAGCGGACGGUGCAAAGUUUAUUCUUAAAUCAAUAGCUAUUCGCGGUAGCUUCUUCUCAAUUUUCAGCGAGAAGUGAUGACCUUCAGUGUUAUGAUGGAUUUUCUAUAGAUAUGUCUGUAGACGGUGUUAAUUGGGAAAGUACAGAAUCUUUUUUCUUCUCCAUCAUGACUCACUUGGGUACAGAUUCUUAAAGAUGUUGUCCAAUGGAAAAAAAGCUGUGAAUCUGUUAGAAUCUAAAAAUAGCAUCCAGUUUGGGAUGGUGGACCUGGUACAUCACUGUUUUUUUUUUCCCUGUUUAACUGCAUCAUAGAUUUCCUACACCAAAAUCAGUUAAUGAAACUAGGAAUGUUAUAUUAAAAAAAAGAUGGAAUACAAAAUAUUUUUUUACUUGAUAUUACAGGGACAUUAAUCCUUUUAACCUUGACACAUAUAAAUAUGACCCACAUCUAUAAAAUGAGGGGUCACAUUUCUUUAUUUAAGGAGAAUGCAAAUAUAGGAACUUGUAUACUGAAACUAGAGGAAGUCACUGAACCUUUUGCAGUCCUGAUAAUACGUAGGUGACAUACCCUGCUAAAGGACUGAAGCAAGUAUUUCAGACUCGAUUAGUACACCGCUGUGUCUUCAAGAACUCCAGUAUUUGAUACUGUGCGGCUGCGAAAGGAACUGUGUGAGCAAUAAAGCACUAAUUACUGUCUGGCGGAGGCUGAGCAGAGUGGAUGGGCUGUAACGCCUGUUAGCGUUUUCUAGUCACUUAUUUUUUAUCUCUAAAAAAGUAAAAUAAUGACCAUCUGACUGGCGUUUCAGCCUUACACGAGUGUCGGCAUCCAAGAGGGCGCAGAAACAGACUUGGUCGACGCGAGGCAGAGAUGGAGCAGAAUAAUGAAAUCACGCGAACAUUUCACAUUCUUUCCUUAUUGAGAGAGUUUAACAAAAAGUCAUACAUUUUAGGGUAUUCGUUUCGAUAGCCAAAGCGUGCAGCAAUUCACAAAUGCAAGAACAUAAAACACUUAAGAUGCGUGAAAGAAACAUACCUUCUCUAAGUGACUAG